ACGCGUCUCUCCGGCACAGCCCCGGGCACUGAAGGGUUGAUUAUUGCGCUGCUCUUAAAUCCUGAGGCUCUCCCUGCAAAUCCGCCGGCAGCGCGGGGCGCUGGACAGCUUCACUCAGUCGCGCGCCCGCCGGAGGGGCUGGCAGCAUCACAAGGACACCGAGAGGGAAGGGAGGGCGGGUUUGAAGAAAUCAAAGUGUCGGCGAGUAGAGCGGACCGGGACAAGCACGUCUUUGAUCUCCAGAUCUGAGACAAAAAAAAAACGAAAUUAGAAGAGAGUGAAGUCCAAUUCAGUCUGCGAGACCCUCGACAACAGAUCGCCCAAGGAGACCCCUGCUCGUUACCUGGCUAUAUUUUCAUGCGGCGAGUUCGAUUUCAAAGCUUUCGUGUUUAACGCCGCGAUCGUAUAGGUCUGCACGCUCAUCUAGCAGACAAAAAGCUCAAGAAGGUGCAGCUGAAUAUCCCACCUUAUUACUUUCCUGCACACCCCCGCGUGUGCAAGCGCCGGCAGUUUCGAGAAAUCGGUGAGCUUUCUUCUUCGGCACAGAGGAGCCAUUCGCAUCUUCGCUUCUGCUAUAAGAAGCUGACAAAGUUUCGUGUGUCUUCAGAAGAUGGAGCUGGCGGUGGGAGGAUGAGCCGACAACGAGGGGCAGCGGUACGGCUCCGUCCAUUCGGGUGAAGAUGUAUGCCGCCCGCUGAGACUGAAGGAACCGAUUGUCCUGUUCUGGUCUGGUUGGAUUCCUCUUGCCCACCUCAGUGAGACCCCGCACAACAUGCUCGUGUGCAACGCCAGUGCCGUCAAAGGCUACCUGCUCUCUCAGAUCGUCCCGAUCGUGAACAAAACGGCCAGCGUAGUACAAGAGGGGGUCAGUGCCCUGGAGACCACCACGAGCACGGUGGUCAGUGUACUGGAGCCAGACAGGAGCAGCCUUGUCCAGCACAGCCAGGCCAUGAACUCCACGAACAGCACCACCGGGCUCGAGCACCUCUUCCAGUACUCGUACUCAGAAAACGGGCUCUUCGAGGAGUACAAGCCGCCGUCCCGGGACGCCAUCCCGCUGCCCAAGGCGGUGCUCUACCUGUUAAUGGCUGCUCUGGUGGUGGUCGCCGUAGCCUAUGCCAUAGUGGGUCAUCUCAUUAAGGACCUGGUGCACGACUUUGUGGACUGGGUAUUUGGACCAAACACGGAUGACAACAGCAAUAAGAGCGAUGUCAACUGCAUCACAAACAGCCUCAACGAAAUGACUGACAUGAGCGACUUUCCCCGGCUGGAGGAAAUGAGCCCGACCAGCGGCAGUCUACUUAUGUAUGACAUCAGAGCCGAUCAGCUGGUUGUUACGAUUGAUGAACGGCUUCAGAGGACACCGGGAGACUACAAUGCGACUUAAAGGUGAAUUUGUGGCUUAAAGAAGACUUGAGAGUAAAAAAAAAAAAUAAAUAAAAAACUGAAGAACCCGGCAGGAUCGAUUAAGGCUCCUGCUUCAGUCUUCUGGCGACACUUUGAAGGGCUUUGAUGCGCUCCUUCGAACAAGCCGGCGCAUCGUUUCUAAGUUCCAGAAGAGCAGAUGAAAGCUCUUUUCGAGUGACGAUGACUUUUAAUGACUUGCACAGACGCACAAAAGGGGGACAACCACCCACCCCACUUGUGUGGUUUUGCGCUGGCGCGCGCCAGCGUGUGCUGCGUGGACGCGGACUGCGGACACCCGCCUGCCUCUCUGCCAAACUCUGCUUUGUGCUUUUCAAGUCACGUCCGCGCUCGCGCUUUUAGUUUAUGUAAUGCGGCUUCACGACUUGUUUGAAAUGUGUUCCGUUUGCUGGAAGCGUCGAGGAAAGACGACGGUUCUUGGGAUUUUUAAGACGCUGAAUUUGCGAGCGCAUUUUUGUCAGUAGCAAAGCAGUCCGUUACUUUGAUCUCCUCUCUCUAUGUCUCACUUGUUUAAUCUUCGCAAUUAUUCAUACUUUGUGUUAUGAAGUAUCCUCAUUAUCAUUAUUUUCUCAGUAAACCAAGUCUUUA